UGGCGGAGUCGUUCGUUUUGUACAACAGGUUUUUGUUUAGGUUAUUCUGGAGGUAGUGACGUAUGUUGAUAACGUUUUGCUUGUGUCAGCUUUCACGUAUCUAUGCGGGGUCUUGUUUUUAUGGCUGAAUUGUUUAGUAACCGAAGUCAGGUUAUUUGAGCGGAUCUGUGGGAACAUUUACAGAUGAAGCUUCUGUUAACUUGCGAUUUCCGGAUUUUAUAAGACGAGCCGGCCGUCGCCCGCCAUGGACCGGGCGCGCGCACAGGAGUGGGAGAAGCUCCGCAGCACCAUCGCCCAGUGGAACGACAACCGGCUUGACCUGUUCGAGCUCUCCGAGCCCGACGAGCAUCUCAACUUCCAUGGCGUCAUGCGGUUUUACUACCAGGACUCCGGGCAGAAGGUGUCCACCAAGUGCAUCCGCGUGUCUUCGGACGCCACGUCGGUGGACGUCAUCGACACCCUGAUCGAGAAGUUCCGGCCCGACAUGCGCAUGCUCUCCACCCCGCGCUUCGCCCUCUACGAGAUCCACGAGAGCGGCGAGGAGCGCGAACUGGCCAUGAACGAGCGGCCGCUGCACGUGCAGCUCAACUGGCACCAGGACGACCGCGAGGGCCGCUUCCUGCUGCGCAACCUCAACGACAAGCCCUGGGCGCGGCUGCGGGACCAGCGGGGCGCGCACGUCACCCCUCCGUCGCCGGACGGUCACUGCAUCACAUAUACGGCGAGGAGUCUGUGCAGCGACCGUGCCGUAACAAGACGCUGCUGCUUGUCGAUCAACGACAGCGCCGCCUCGGUGGUGGUCGAGAUGCUGCAGAAGUACUGCAAGUACCGCGAGGACCCCGCUGACUACUGCCUCGUGCAGGUGGGUGGUGACGCAGGAGCCGCAGCAGGAGAGCCGCGAGUACCGGGCGCCACCGGCCCGUUCAACGAGUACAUCCUGGAGGACGACGAGUGUCCACUGGCCAUCCUCAUCAGUCACCCGCCGACGCCCGGCUCGAUUAUGUUCCACGUGCGCCGUCGGCCGAGCGACUACCAGCCGCGCAAACGGAAGAAGAUCCCGAGCCAGCCGGCCGUCGCGUCCGACGUGGACCACAGCUACCGCGGCCACGACGAGGCCAGCCUGCCCUUCCUGGAAGAGCUGAACGCCGACGGCACCGACAUCCGACACGCGGCGCCCAGGCGCUACAGCCUGCGUCUGAACGUGACCGAGGUGGGGAGCGAGCGGUCGCCGCAAGCGGGCGGCCAGUGCCUGCAGCUGGUCGGCCACAACGUGCACCCGCGCCACUGCGUCAUCGCGCACACGGAGGGCAUCGUGACGGUGACGCCGUGCGGACGCGAGGCCGAGAUCUACGUCAACGGACAGCGCGGCUACGAGACUACCAUCCUGCAGCACGGCUGUGUCGUCCAGUUCGGCCGCUUCUACCGGUUCCGGUUCGUGGACCCGGCGCAUGAGGAGCAACGGAUGCGCGGUCGUCGCGACGCGGCGCGCAGCCACGAGCCCUACAUGGAGAGCCACGGCCCGAGCCGCCGGGACAGCAUGGAGACGACGUUCGAUGUGGCCGGUAACGUGGAGACGCGCUCCACGGCCAGCCAGCGGCACCGCGACCGUGACCGCGACCGCGACGAGACGGCCAGCCAGCGCUCGGACGGCAGGUCGGCCAACUACGCCAGCUUCCGGCGCGGCAGCGACCCCAUCCUGCCGGCGGUGCUCGAGUUCCGCGAGGAGACCGAGGACGCCUUCCUGCGCGCUGUCGUCACGCGCCUCGACCCCAGCAGUCUGCAGUUCAAGCUGGCGCCCACCUACACGCUCUACAUGGCCGCCAGGUUUCGGGCCAGCACGCACUACCGUAGCGACCUGACGCCCAACGAGCGGGCGCUGCGGCUCACCAACGUACUGGCCAAAGUGUCCUCCAUGAUCCGUGACGUCAUCCAGAUGCGCCGCACCGACGCCAACUCGCUGGCGUUCUGGAUGGCCAACGCGUCCGAGUACCUGCACUUCCUCAAGCAGGACCGCCACGUCAGCGCCUACAGCCGUGACGCCCAGGACAUCCUGGCGGAGAGCGUGCAGUCGGCCUUCUGGUACUUGGUGGACAACGUGCAGUCGGAGCUGUCCAGCUCGAUCGGCCACUUUCUGAAGGACCGCGACGACUCCAACGAGGAGGAAGGCACGACGGCCGAGGUGCUCAGCAGCCUGGGCAACACGAUGGCGCUGCUGCGCCGCUGCCGCGUCAACGCGGCGCUCACCAUCCAGCUGUUCUCGCAGCUCUUCCACUAUAUCAACAUGGGCGUGUUCAACAUGCUAGUCAUGUCCGGCCCGGUCAACUACUGCAGCAGGAUGUGGGGCGAGCGGCUGAAGCGACGCCUGAGCCGGACCGAGCUGUGGGCCGACCGGCAGGGUCUGGAGCUGGCCGCCGACUGCCACCUGGGCCGCGUGGUGCAGGCCGCCCACCUGCUCACCGCGCCCAAGAACAACGUGGAUGAUUUGACGGGCAUCACCAGCACGUGCUACAAGCUGAACUCGCUGCAGCUGCGCGCUAUGCUGGAGCGCUAUCAGCCGGCGGCCGACGAGCCGCCGCGCAUCCCACCCCAGCUCAUCGACAACAUCGUGCGGAUCGCGGAGAGCACCUCCGACGAGCUGGCGCGCCAGGACGGUCGCCCGGUGCGGCUGGAGGAGAGCCGCGACCUGCAGCUGCCCUUCCUGCUGCCCGAGGACGGCUACUCGUCGGACAUCGUGCGCGGCAUCCCAACGGUCAGUCUGGCCGAGUUCAUCGCGCCGCUGCAGCACGCCGGCCUGGCCCGCAUGAACGAGCAGCCCACCAGCUGGGGCUACUGGACCAUCUACAUGGCCGGCCACGAGCAGACCCGGCCGCCGGCCCGCAGCCCGUCGGCCAUGUCGAACCGGUCGAUGGGAGCACGUCCGCUGUCGGGCGCCGGGCCGGGGCCAGGGCCCGGGCCCGGACCAGCCCCGGGCGCCACCGAGCCGGAGGUGCAGCUCAUCAAGCUGCAGAAGUCCAACACCGGCAUGGGCCUGAGCAUCGUGGCUGCUAAGGGUCCAGGGCAGGAACAGCAGGGCAUCUACGUCAAGUCUGUGGUGCGCGGCGGAGCGGCCGACGCUGACGGCCGCCUGGCCGCCGGCGACCAGCUGCUGGAGGUGGACGGACACAGUCUGGUCGGCAUCUCCCAGGAACAGGCGGCCGAGUAUAUGAUGAAGACGGGCCCGGCCGUGCUGCUGCGCGUGGCCAAGCAGGCGGCCGUGCACCACCGGCUGACUGCACUGCUCUCCCAGCCAUCUCCCACCAUGUCACGAGGCAGCCGCCGAGCCAGCGAGCGGGGCGGCAUGCCCCCCAGCGGUAGAAUCCAGGGCGCCAAGUCGGUGCCGGCCCUCAGCUCCGAGGCGGCCGACCGCGAGCCGGCGCCGCCGCCUGGCCGCCACCAGGAGACCUACAACCCGGGCUUCAGCCUGUCGGCGUCCAACGCCAGCCUGGCGGCGCUGCCGACCGGCCACGGGCCCCCGCCGCCGGCGCACGCCCGCUCGCGCUCCGUGCAGAACCUGCACAAGCCGGCGGCCGGCGGCGGCGGCGGUGGCGGUCCGGCGCCGCCGCCGCGCCCCAUCUCCGUGCAUACCCACUACCAGCUGCAGGCCGGCCAGGGCCAGAUGGGGCCGCCACGGUCUGAGAUGCCGCGCUCCGUGUCGGACCACGAGCACCUGCGCUACCGGCACCCCAGCGCCACCUACGGCAACACGCAGCCGGCGCCGUUCGCCGAGCAGCCGCCGGGCGACAUGUACGGCGAGAUGCUGCCGCCGCCGCCACCGCCGCCGCCGCCGUCCACACACCCGCUGUACGGGCAGCCGCCGCAGCGGCCGCCGCCGCCCGAACACCAGUCGCCCUACGACGCCGGCAACCCCUGGAACCGGGAGGAACGUGAAAAGGUGGGCGCUGUGCUGGCCGGUGGUCCAUGGAGAUGGUUGCGCCGGACGGAGGCGGAGCGCCAGUGGCGGGACCAGCACAUCGCCCGCCUGGAGGCCAUGCCCAGCCGGUCGCGGCGCGAGCAGCAGCAGCUCGACACACUGCUGCUCGAGAAGCGCUUCCAGCAGCGCAUGGAGUUGGCUGGCGAUGACGAGGACGAAGACAACGACGACAACCUGGUGAGGAGCCUGGAGCAGGCGAGCCUGGACCAGGCGUCGGAAGCCGUCAUGGACGAACUGACGCGCUUCUACCGGUGUGUCAACCCGCUAAUGCGACACCGGCUGGUGCGGCCGUCCGGCGAGCCGCCCCACGCUCGAGCACGUCCGCGCGGUGCACGAGGCGUACCCCGUCGGCAGUGA